CUUAUUUUUUCUUGCAACAAUCAGCUGUACAGUAAAAAGAGAAUCAGAGACGGAGGAGGCGGUCUUUUCCCACCCUUCUCCUCCUUGUGGGCUGUGGCUCGGCUGGUGGCUGCGUUGUGGGACAACAAUGAAUUCAGGUAUGACCCAGAUAUCGCACUCGCCCACUGCCAGCAGGCUUAAUUCCGCUUGGAUUGGGAAUGGGAAUUUAAUUACGCAUGGGCUAGGGCUAGGACUAGGGGGAGAAGCAGCAAACAAUAGCAAUAGUAGAAAGAAUAGAAACAAUGCACUUGUAACCAUCAUGAGAGACAGAAGCAAUAACAGGAAGCCGCUGCAGAAAGGCCGGAAUCUCAGCAUCGAAGCCAUUCAAACGGUUCAGGCACUCAAGCGGGCCAGAGCCACUAGUAGUUGUCCGCUGGAGCCUGCCCUUGAGACCACUUUUAGGCGCUUGCUCAAGCUCGAUAUGAUAGCCGUUCUACGCGAACUCAUUCGCCAGAACCAGUGUUAUUUGGCUCUUAAGGUUUUCGAAGAAAUUCAGGAGGAGUAUUGGUAUAGGCCUCAAAUAUCACUGUAUGCUGAAUUGGUCUCACUUUUGGGAAGCAAUGGUUUGCUUGAAGAGGUUGAACUGCUUUUCAUUAAAUUGAAGAAGGAACCUUGUUUAGAGCCUGAUAUUAACGGUUUUAAUGCAUUGCUGGAGAUUUUAGCAAAUUUCAACCUCACUGGACUUGCAGUUGAGUGCUUUUACCUGAUGAAAUCUAUAGGCUGUGACCUGGAUAAGUUGUCAUUCAAGAUAUUAAUCAAUGUUUUAGAGUCAAAUGAGGAAGCAAGUCUUUCAGCUUUUUUUCGACUGGAAGCCCAGAAAUAUUUUGGUCAAUCUCUAAAUUUUCAAGAGAAAGGAGAGGGAGAAGGAUAUUCUUUGAGCUCAAACUGACUUGGUUACUCUUGCAGGAGCUGCUAGAUGCAAUCUGAUAGCACCUCCCAUUGCAAGUGUUUAGCAUGUUCUACCCUGUCAGGAAAAAGUUCUUGCACUUUUUUUUUGUUUAGCGGCUAGGAGCUAUUUAAAUAUUUGUAGCCAAAUUUACCGGUGACUUUAAACUCUUUACUUAUGGAGACAAGUGCAAUGGUUAUGCUUUGCGGCUAAUGCUUUUCAAACCAUGAAAUUUAAUUUGGUAUUGGUUGCAAGUGCACGAAAUGAUGCAUGGCAUCUAUAUCUUGAACAAUAAGUGCCUGAAAAUACUUAAAUUUCAGGAUGCAAACAGAUCAAAAUGAUUGUAGAAAGAAGAAAUGGGAAAAUAAUAGAAAAUAGCUAACCCAUGGUUAUGUGAGCAAUAUAUGCCAUCUCCCCCACAAUGGUCACAUGAUGGACAGUCAUGAGGUUGACAUGCAUAUGCCCUUCCUGCCAUAAAAUACACUGCAUUUUUUGGUCUUUCUUUGCUGUAUCUCUACAUUGAUCUUGACGUACACUUUAGAGUGGGUGGGAUACGACUUCUGAACAUAGCUUACCUCCGUUUGAUAAUGUCAAACUCAAGACCAUUUGUCUGACCAAAUCUCUGUUUUAUCAGGGAAAAAUUGUAAUAAGGGCUGCCCAUGAGUCUGAUGCUGCAUCGCUGAUUCUAUACCCAGUUUCUACACAUAGUUAUCCAUCCUGUUUUUGAUCCUUUCAUUUUUCCUGCAGAGACUUCACCAUUCACCCCAUCAUUGGUGAUUAGGACUUGCACAAAGUAUGAACUUCCUGUCAACUCCACAUUUUUCCCUGGAUUAAGAUCCACCUACAAUGGGCAUUGCAUCUGAGACAUAUGGUGUAGACUAAUUCAGUCCAAGAAUUUGUUAAUUGAAUUGGUUAGUAAUAAAACCAAAUAAUUGAUACCAUUAAUAGAAUUGGAACCACGUUUUCUGCUAUUGCUGCAAUUUUUGUACCAGGUGACAUCCCGCAUUGUGAUCAAGGAACUUCCACCAAUGCCCAUCGUAAUUUGGGGCAGAAAUCAGUGGCAGUUAUAGUGAUAGGUGGGCCACGUGGCAAACACCACAAGACAUGGUUCAAAACAUCUCACCUGAAUACAGCCUCCACAGGUAUUUCCUCUAUUCAGCAUGCUGCUUGGCCCAGCAAUACACUCUCCCAUAGCUGGUUUUCUGGAAAUCUUUGUAGCUGCAAAGCUGCUGGUAUUACAUGGAGUAUACAAUGUAAAGGGAGUGAUGAGUAUACAACCCUUGCGAUGUUCUAUGGCAGAGAACCAAAGACCUUAUCCAUGGACUAUGUUCCAUUCUUAAGUUGAUCGUUUGAAAAAAGAGGAAGAAGGAUUAGAUAUUCGACAUCUCUCUCAACUAAACCAGGCAACUCUGGCUAAGGUUGGUUGGAAGUUAUUGAUUGAGGAUGGGUUGUAUGGAAAGAAACUUCAUUUUAGAAAAUAUUGCAAGGAGGAUGGGGACUCUUUGAGUAUGUUGAUGUCAUAUACCUGGAGAAGCAUAGAAGGUAACGCUGAAGUAGUAACACGGCAAGGAAUGAGGUGGAGACUUGGUAAUGGAGAGACAAUAGGAUUUUGGAUUGAUUAGUGGUUGUUCAAUGUACCAAUCAGUGAGUGGAUGUUUCAAUCCCAGAAGAACAGUGCAAUAAAAGGGCGGUGGAAUAAAUGAUUGGAAUUGGAUAAUGCUGCAGGGACUACUCCCUUCAUGUAUCAAAGAUGAAGCUCAGAUCCAUUAUUCUCAUCCAGAAUCCUGAUAUUUUGGAUUUUCUUCGAUGUUGCCUGUCUGAAUCAGGAGCAUAUACCGUCGAAUCAGCUUAUGAUCAGCUUAAUGGAUCUAAUAGGAAUCUAAAUGAAACUUAGCGUUGGAAAAGAGUGUGGGAAGGAAGGGGAUCAGAAAGGUGCAAUGUGUACUGCUCUGGCUCUAGUUGCACAAUCGAUUGAUGACCCGUAACCUUAAAUUUCAUAUGCAUUUGAUUGAUACUGAUAUUUGUCCUAAUUGUGCAGGUUUGGAAAGCAGGUCUCCGUGGGAAUUGUAGAUGGGCAGCCAGUGUGCGGCAAAUGCUGGUCAAGAAGAAGGAUCGGCAACAAUUCUUUGAAUUUUUAAUUACUAACCUUUUGUAUAGUGCUCGAGUGGAAGUGGAAUCUAGAUUUUCGUCAUGUCAUUCACCAUAUUCGGCGGUGGAAGUAUAUUCAUGAAAACUAAAUAUGCCGUCUACAGGUCAUCCGGAGUUGAGAUUUUCGUCAUUCUUUUUGGGGGUUCUGCCGUCCGCGCCCACACGAUGCAUUUUCCAGAAAGCGUGAGUCAUGCUUAGCCCAUGAAAUAUCAACAACAGAUUCAAAAAAGCUGCUAUUAGUUGAUAUCUCAUAUUGAUAUUCCAAGGGUUUUCGGCCAUAUAUAAAAGUUGUUAGAUCACUUCACUCAUUGUCAAUUGAUUUUGAAAUGGCAGUUCAUGUUCUCUAAAAUGGUAUUAGAGCUGGGCUUUGAGUUUAUUUGUUACCUUGUGAGUUGUAGUUUCACUCGUGAUUCAGUUAUCUUGUUUAUAGUUUCUCUCGUGACUUGGUUUUAAGCCCAUUUGUCAAGUCACGAUUGUAAGGGGGUGUUAGUAGAAUUUUUCACAUUGAUAUUCUAAAGAUUUUCAAUCAUAUAUAAAAGUUGGUGUUAGUAGAAUUUUUCA